AUGGACAUCGAUGAUCUGCUCGCCGAGGUCGCGGUUGACACGACGCCGCAGGAGACGCGCGACUUGCAGGCGUUGACGCGGGCGUGGGUCGCGGAGAGGGUCGCGCCUGAGAUGUUGGCGUGGCCGGGGAGUUUGAUGGAGAGGGUGUUGGAGAGGGUGCGGCGGCAGAUCGAGCUCGUAGAAGACCAAACGGGGUCCAUGGAUCCGAAGACGAAUUUCAAGCUCAUCGUUAUACAGACGGAGUUGGAGAGGUUUAAAUUUCUGGUUCGGAGUUUCUUGAGGAGUAGGUUGAGGAAGAUCGACGCGCACCCGCUGCAUAUCCUCGCGCUGCAUACGGACGCGGAUGAGAUGCACCCGCUGCUCUCCCCCGCCGAACACCAGUACCUCACGAGCCACCAGACGCUCCUCUCUACACACUACGCGUCGUCCUUCCUGUCGCAGUUUCCGAGCAGUCUGCAGCGGCUGGACGACACGACGGGGGGUAUCAGCAUGGUGGACAAGCCGGAUGAGGACGCAGCUGUUUUUGUGCGCGUGCUGAGAGACGUCGGGGAGGUGGCAGUUGAGGGGACGGAGAAGCGGUUUGAGAUGAAGCGGGGGGAUGUGUGGAAGAUGUAUGACAUUACGCCUGGCGUGGCGGGAAGCGACAGGUGGGCGAGGGACGAGGGACAGAAUGCCGUGCAUAGCGGCGAGAGGACGAAGUAG